GCUAAGGGAAGACUGAAUCAUGAAGGAGGAACAAGGCAGUAAUAAUUAGUGCAAAGUAUAUUUAAUUAAUUGAUAAUGCAUAUAAUCAUUAAUUAAUUUACUCGUAAAGAACUCCCUAAAGAGAAGACAAGUUGGAGGCCCAUAUAUUAAUUACAAUGAUAAUUGAGGACUACGACUAAAAGAUUAAUUCAAUGUGGUUAGCUCUUAAUUUCAUGCAAAUCGUAGCUGUUACAUUUGGAUUUGGUGAAACCCAGGCUCAUUAUUCCUGACUCUCCCUUCCUUCCUGGUUACUGCCCAUCAUAGCUGGCUGUUAAGACUUAUGAGUUAUGAAUUAUGAUAGAUGGAGAUAGAGAAAAUGAGUAUAAUUUUGUCCUUUCCUUUUGACUCUGACUGACCAAUAUUAUCAGAUGCCAUAAUUUCAAAGUCAAAUCACAUGCCAAAGUUGUGCCCAGUAAGUUCUUUUCAAUUUUCAUUCGCCUCUAUUCCUCACUUUUCUUCCAUACCAACUUACCUUAGCUUGCGGGAUGUGCAACAGUCUGGUUCGGUUUAGACCAGUCAAAUUUAUGAAAAUCGUGGUCCAAUAAUGAAGGAGAGUUUAGAACGAAUGAUCAUACCAUUAUUGCAUUUGAUCCAAUUUAGAACGGUCCAAAUGUCAAUUUUGUCCAUUUUUCAUCGCUAUUUUAUAAAAAUUGAUUGGAUCAAGCUAAGAACCGGACUACAUUAUAUCUAGAGGGUGUGCAAUGGUCCGGUCCGUACCGGAUCUAACCACACCAGACCAAGUAUAAUGCGGCCCGGUCCUUGGUUCGCAUGAAUUUUACAAUUGCACAAGAAAUGACGAACCAAACUGAUAUUUUGACCGGACCGAACCGGACCAAAUUAAUGAACCGAAUGCAAUGAUGAUCCGGUUGUUAGUGUUAAAUAGAUGUCUUUCACUACCGCGGUUCGCAUGAGUUUGGUUCAUUCCGGACAGGACCGAACCGUUGCGCACCCCUAAUUAUAUCAGUAUGGUCCGAUCCAAACGCCAUUUCAAUUUAUUACGAUCUGGCAUGGACCACACUGUUGCGCACCCUUACUAACUGCAAGAGAUUGAUCACCUCACUUUAAUUGGUGAAGUACUAGAGUUAAUUUUUGCCAUUCAAAAUCUCUUCCUAGCUAAGUUUUUCGUGCCGGUCUUUUUGUGCCAGAAAAAAGGGUUUGUUGGGGAUAUAGCUCGGAUCCAGUCGCGCGAGUAAGAUGGCCGAGUGUACCUCCCGCGAGUAAAGCCACGACCGCGAAUGAUUGAAGCCGACGUCGUUUCGGUUCACCAGGCGGCGCUAUUUCGCCUAAACCAGGCCGACGUCGUUUCGCUUCACCAAGCCGACGUCGUUUCACUUCACCAAAACCAGCGUCGUUUUGGUCCUGCCCAAGCCGUCGUCGUUUCGGUUAAUCCGAAUUGGGGAAGAGAGCCAGGAAAACGGUGCCGCAGCCUACGAAGGAAGGGUCACGUCCUAGUUCUGGUCCUAGGAAUAAUUAUGACCUAAAGCAUGGCCUAAAGCAUGACCUAAGCUUCUGACACACGUAAUGGUCUUGUCGCAUUAAAUAUCCACUCGCUGUAAUGUACUAUAAAAGGGCAUUUACUACGGUAAGUAGAGGGAUCGGAUUUUUGACUCUCUCACUAAUAUACAACCACUUCUCUCACUAGAAACCUCUUUCUCUCAUUCCUAUACUCUCCAAACUUCCAGCCAUUGACAGAUUGGAUAUUCACCUUGCUUGCUUUUCUCUCCCCUCUUUCCCGAGUCUCACUCCUACUCUCAGUUAGGCUCAAACAGGGUUCAUUAAGUUAAGGCCCGAUCUAAUUAAUUAAAUCUUUCUCUCGGAUGAACUCUGAGGUCGACAUUAUACAACCUAAGUCAAGAACAACAUGGUGACCAAUUAAAACAAGAAGAAAAAAAUGGCUGAUGGCUCCGCAUAGGCAUUUGGGUUUUUGCCAAAUAUCGACCUCCCCUACUGUUUUCCUUUUCUUGGUGCAGAUACACACUGACAAACUGAUCAGAAGAUCGAUAGAAAACAAAAAGCCUGAAUUGGCUCUUCUGACUUCUCUGCUAUCCUCUCUCUCUCUCUCAUUCUGCCUAAUAACCCUACAGUUGUAUAUACUGCGUCUAAUAUACAUAUAUGAACGAACCACUGUAGAGGGACACUGUAUAUACAUAAAGGGUCAUCGAUAGAUGUGUGUAAAUGUUAUGUCCACGUUCACUAACUUCUGGAAUCGCUCUGCCACCUCGCAGCGUUAUGCAGCACCGCAGCGCGCAGCAAAGCAAUACCAGCCUUGCUUUCUGUGUUUUAGUGGGCAUGAUAUGUAUAUGCACCACCACAGGUGGAAAAAGGAGGAGAUGGAAGAGAUGAUCAGAGGCUGCAGCUGGCCGCAUCCUUCCAUCUUUCUACAGCUAGCUAGCUGCAGGCUUCUUGGCCACCACCAUCUAUGUAUGUAACUAGGGGAGUAGGGGACAGAAACAAAAUAGAGAGUGGCGCGGCCUGGCCGGAUAUGCAUGGGUCCUAAACCCUAAUGACCGCAAUGGGUUAACUCUCCUUAGAUCUUUUUUCAAAAUGAUUUUGUAUUUGAUAUUUUGGAUCGAACAACACUAUUGAAAUGGAUUCAAGGAAAGAUCGAAACCCAGCUAUUGGAUUUAUUUUGGGGUUGACUCAAACUUAUGAAGAAUACCCAACCCAUAUCACUUGAUAAGGUUGUUAACCGAUCGAUAUAUAUGGGGGCUAGUUAUGGUCAUCCCUAGUCAGUGUGGCGCGUGAUAGAAUUCACGCGUCGUGAAUCGCUAAAUUACUUUACUUCUACUCCUAAACAACUACGAUAUAAUUAUUGGAAUAAUCUUCUUCUUAUUCAUAACUGAACCACAAAGUACAUAUUUAUAGGGAAACACAAGAAAACCUAAUAGCUAACCUUAUCCCACUCUAACUAGCUAAACUAAUAACUUCCAGUAACAAUAAACUAAUACGAAUAACUUUAAAUAACUCAAUAAUUAACUAACAAUAUAUCCCUAAUGACUAAGCCCAACUCGGCCACGGAGCCCAAGGAAGUUAUAAUGCACCACAGUGUAGACAAGUCGUAAAUUUUGUUAAGGUACGUGAAGCCAACAGAAGAAGAAGAAAACAUGAUAUAAUUUUCAUUGAUAUUUUACAGUGAUGCUUAACGUGUUUUUCAUAUUUUUGCUAAGCUAUUAGAUACUACAAUAGAUAAAUAAGAUGUGAAACUGUAAACAUAAAACGUACGGCUUCUAGCUGAAUGGUGGAAGUAUAUGGUAUGGUGAAAGGAUGGUCGACAGUUCGAUUUAUCUUCCUUGCAGCCUAUUGCUUAGGUUUUUUCCCUUGAGAAAAAAUUCCUCAACUGCUCUUAGUCUUACUAACUAGUUUGUACUUUAUAUUGUAAGACAAAGGUUAAAAUUAGUGGCGGAGCUAGAAGUUGAAAUUAUGAGGAUUUUUUUCAGACAUAAAUUAAUUUAUACUGUAAUAAAUUAAUUUCAUUAAA